UACAUUGGUAUGCACGCCCUGUGGGCAACAUGUCAGUUGAACUCGCCAUUCUUCACAGCAUCCUGCUGUUGAAGCUACUCAUCAUCUUCUUCUGAGCGUUUGGUAGAAGAACGGUCAGAUCCAACAUCCACACGCACGCAACCGUGAUGGUGAGUAUGCAAAAAGUCUGCGUAACCUACGUGGCAGCAGACUGCGGUUCUAUUAUCCCAGGGAAGUCCGGAGCAGCCGCGGCUUUCAAAGCAGUCAAGAUUCAUCAAAAACUGCUCCAAGCAGGUAUAGAAGUUGUCGAUAAUGGGCCUUCGGGCUACCAUGAUACGUCUUCACAGCUAGACGUGCUCGAAGAAACCAUGACUUACCAACCAAGUCCCUUCGUACCGCACGACAUCCGCAACAGAGCUGAUAAUCUGGAGCUCCUUCGCAAAGUGCGACGGAGAAUGACCAAGAACUUCGACCAAGAGCCCAACUCCUUCCAGUUAGUUCUUGGGGGCGAAUGUUGCAUGCUGCCAGUGAUCCUCUCUUGCGUUAAAAGACAAUACAAAUCAUACGACAUGGAUGUGGGCUUCAUAUAUGUCGAUGCGGAUACCGAUAUGCAUUCACCAGUGGAUGCCGAUUGGAACGGCUACUUUGCGAGCAUGACUAUGACGCAGCUCAUGGGACGUCCUGGGUCACUUGUUAAUUCAAACGCCGACUCUGUGCUCACUAACGACAAGCUCUGUAAUGCUGAAAACACCGUCUUCUUCGGGACAAAUCUCUCCCACCCGGGGAACAAGAAUGAGCACCUAGCUUAUCUUCACGGCGAGCAUUUCAAAGUUUUCUCGUCACAGGCGGUUGCACUCGAUCCGCAAGCACGUGCGCGUGAUGCUUUGGAGCACCUGGAGCGUAAACACAAAGCUAUUUGGGUUCAUCUGGACGUUGAUUCCAUCGAUCCAGGCGAAUGUCCUCUGGCAAAUGUCCCCAACUUCACAGGAGUGACGUUUACGAACAUGAUGUUAGCCUUGGAUGUACUCCUGGCUAGCGAGAAUGUUAUUGGGUUAACAGUUGCAGAGGUCAAUCCAGAUCAUGAUCCUGGCUUGGUAAUGACGAAGAGAUUGACCGAAACAAUUCUGGCUAUGCUUGCGAGAAAAAGAUUCUCAUAGAAGCCCAAAAGAGUCCAGAGCUAUGGCGAGACACUCGGAGAUUUGGAGAUGGUAUUGGCAUGGGCGAGUAGGACUGUCAAGUUUCGAGGCAGUCCAGCGCUAUUCUAUUGUGGCAGCUUCUAUCGUCUGGGUUCAUACACACAAGCGACUUCUUCGUACAUCUCUGCGUUGACAGGCAAUCUGAUCCUGCCCCCUUCUGUGAACCCAGCUUUCUUAUAGAAGGUCUCGGCUGCGUCAACAGUACUAUCCAAGCAUGCCGGCACACCCUCUUUGUCGCACAAGUCAAGACCCCAGCGCAACAGCAUUGAACCUAUGCCCUGGCGAGCAUAAUCAGACGACACAGCGAGCCACGUGAGAUCUUC